GGAAACAAACAAACGCGAAAGGUGGGUCGGGUCAGAUUCACCAUCAAGCAAGCUUGCUGUUUGUAUGAACAAACGUCACGAGCUAUCCCGACUCACUUGCAUCUCUGCUUCACCCGCUUCCUGAGAAUACAAAACGGACCAAAAAAGGAGUUGAUCUUGAUCUGUCGAUAUCGUUCUUCCAGGGGAGCAACAUGUCGGAGCGGCAGCAAACAUGAAGCCCAGAAUCACCCUCGCCCUUGUGGCCAGCAGCAUACCGAGCUUGGCAAUCGCACUGUCUCCUGCCAACACAACACUACCUACCAACAGAACAACACUAGCAGUCGCCAGCCCGCCCUCCACUACCAACGACGUCCCCGUUCUUCCAAAGACGCUGUGCUCAGCCACCAGCAUCUUUGUCCAGCGGAGCCCCCAUGCUGCCAUGCGCCAGGACGACUGCUUGGAUCUUGCAGCUCGCAAGCAGUGGGAUCCGCAAGGCGCUUGGAUCAUCCCGCCACGGCGAGGUGAGGAUGACUAUCAGCUCAUCGAUGAGUAUGGUAGCUGUGCCUUUUAUGUCCAGCGGGCUGAUGACCAGCUUCAGCCUGUCAUGAUUGGUACCGAGGACGUGUUUCAGGCCAUCAUCAACGGUUCGCAAAAGUAUGUCGAUGGCGACAGGAUGGUCGACUCCAUCAGUGGCAUGUUUAGCUGUCAUAGAGGCCCUAUCAGGUGGCUCCUGAGCCCAAAUCGGAACCCGAAGCGAUGAUCCACUGUUGGCAAGAACUCAAAUACAUAUAUAAGCAAGCACCAGAAGUCAAGACGUUGUAUGCUGUGUAGCUAGAUGCGCCGGGAUCAGGCGGAUUAAUGCUCAGAGAGAUAUUAUAGAUAGAUUGGUAGCUUGGGUAUAUGAGCAAGAAAGCUCUGUACGAAUCAAGGAACAAUUUUAAAUGGAUGGAGGGCCAUUCUUGCCUCUCAAUCAUACCACAG